AUGUUCUUGGUCGAGAAUGGAUAUUUCGGCUGCACCGAGACCAUAAGCUUCGAGAAAUUGCUCGUCAUUGCUUUUCGUGAUUUCAAAGCAUUCCAACGCCACUCUGGUCAGAAGUGCUCGCAAACCAAGUUUGUGCCGAGGUUCGUUUGGAAGCCUGAAACCCAUGGGGCUCACAUGGGCCAUAAGGGUCACAAUGGCAAGGUCAUCGCAUACUGGCUGGCAGACUGCAUGCAAAAGGCAGUGGGACGAUCUACUGCACCCGGUCGCGAAGUUUGCCAAUGGCUAUGUGAAACAAACGACUGGCCAAGUGAUGAGCGACUGGAGCUCAUUGCAGUGACGAUGCAAACACUAUGUGCUUGGUUUCGAGAAGUGGAGCGGCACGGCCGGUACCUGACUGCCGAAGCAGCUGAUGCAAUCUAUGGGCAUGGCAUGAAGUACCUCCGCUAUCACCUCGUUCUGUGUAAGAUUUCCAUGAGGAUGAUGAAGUUGCAUUGGCACAUCCGGCCCAAGAUGCAUGCUUUCCAUCACCAGAUGAGAGAUGCUGUAACACGGAGAUUGAACCCUCGACACCACCACACAUUCCGUGAAGAAGAUGCAAUGCGAUGGCUCAAAGGUGUCGCUCAACGAUCUGACAAAAAGAAUCUGGAGCGGUCGAUACUGAAAUACAGCAGGUAUCGUCUCUUGUCGAUGCACCGAAGAAUGCAUCUCUUGAACAGACUUGCUAGAAAGCGGAACCGCUGA